AUGAGCUACAACAACAACAACUAUCCGCCACCAAAUUAUCCACCUUCCAACCAGCAACAACAACAACAUUACGGCCAAUAUGAUGGUCAAUAUGGUGGCCAACAUCAAGGCCACAACUAUUCCAAUGACGAUGGAACAUAUGUAGUCAACCCGGACUUGGAAAAUACCAAAUACGAAAAGCCACACCCCUCGCAGAACUUCGAUGAGAGUUUCAAGAUUGAAAAGCCCAGAUUCAACGAUUGGCCAUUUACUAUAUUUUUCAUCUUGACCUUGGCUGGCUUCAUUGCCGUAGCAGGUAUCACAGUCAAUGCAUUGAGAGCAACUUAUGGAGACCAGGGUUCUGGUAUCUACGACGACGACAGCUCAUUCACCAUGAAUAGAAACACAGUCAUUUUGUUUGCGUUUGUGUUGGUGAUAUCGCUUGUUUUAUCGGCCUUGGGUAUAUUAUUUGUGCGUGCAUUUGCAAAGACGUUCAUCUAUGUUGCGUGCAUAUUGAAUGUCGUCUUGUCGAUUGGCACUGCCAUUUUCUACUUUGUAGAACACUAUUACAGUGCAGCAAUUGUGUUUUUAAUCUUUGGAUUAUUUGCCGCUUGGUGCUACUGGUCGUCAAGAAGACGAAUCCCGUUGAGUGCAACCAUUUUGAGAAUCGUUAUCGAUGUCAUGAAACUGUACCCAUCGACUUUGGUCAUUUCAUUCAUCGGACUUGUGGUUAGCGCCGGUUUUGGUGCAUUGUUCAGUGUGGUGAUCAUUGGUACCUAUGUCAAGUACAAGCCAAAUGCAAGCAAUACUGGUUGUGAAGUUGGCGGUGGUUCAUGUAGCCAAGGCAAACUAGUUGGUGUUUUGGUGUUUGUCUUUUUCGCUGGUUACUACAUCUCGGAAGUGAUCAAGAAUGUUAUCCACGUGCUGAUCAGCGGUGUUUAUGCAACCUGGUUCUACUUGUCCAAUACUCAAGACGCACCAAGGCACCCGGCAUUAUCGUCAUUCAAGAGAGCCAUGACGUAUUGCUUUGGCUCCAUCUGUUUUGGAUCCUUGAUUGUCGCGUUUAUCCAGUUGAUCAGACAGUUGCUCAACAUUGUCAGGCAAAAUUUUGUCGACAGCUGGGGCGGACAAUGUGCAAUGAUUAUUGUUGACUUUAUCAUUGGCUUUAUCAACUGGUUGGUGCAGUAUUUCAACAAGUACGCCUUUAGCUAUGUCGCCAUUUGGGGCAAAUCCUAUAUUGCCAGUGCCAAGGAUGCCUUUGACUUGUUCAGAUUCAAAGGCAUGGACGUGUUGGUGAACGACAUGUUCAUCAGCACUUCAUUGAACUUUUACGCCUUGUUUGUGGCAUACCUUUCCAGCUUGUUUGCAUACUUGUACUUGAAAUUCACCCGCCCGGGCUACAAUAGCAACGGAGACUACUACGCGCCCGUGGUUGCCUUCACCUUUUUGAUCUCGAUGCAAAUCAGCAGCAUCACUUUGAACGUAAUCAACUCGGGUGUGGCAACCUUUUUCGUCUGCUUAGCCAAGGAUCCAGAAAUCUUGCAGAUGAGCCACCGCGAGGAACUUUUCAACGAGAUUCAACAUCACUAUCCACAAGUCUAUGAGAAAAUCACCACCCACCACUGA